UCACGAUUCUAUCUCCGCGCGCUCGCGGCUCCUCCACACAAUCCCCCAACACGGACGUCUGGUUCCACUCUCCGCGUUAACUACCAAUGGCUGCGGUCGCGACCGUCCUCUGCGGCGGCGGCGUUGCCGUCGCCGUCCGCCAGCGGUUCGGCGGCCGCCGGGCAGCCCCGUCGCUCAGUGCUGGCGGUGUCGCCGUCAUGAAUGGCGCCAACGUCGUCCGCGGGAGGCAGCUACUCCCGGCGCUAUUCCUCGCUCCCUCCCUCCGCACCCUAUCUUCUUCCGCCAGUAGGCAGCAGCUCCGGGCGCCGGCUUCCGCCUCCUCGUCUGACUCCACGGGGCAAGCAAAGACUACAGGAUUUGUAGAUAAGUAUCCGGCCCUUGUCACCGGUUUCUUCUUCUUCAUGUGGUAUUUUCUGAAUGUGAUAUUUAACAUCCUCAACAAGAAGAUCUUCGACUAUUUCCCCUAUCCAUACUUCGUGUCGGUGACCCAUCUUUCGGUAGGAGUCUUAUACUGCCUUAUCAGCUGGAGUAUCGGUCUCCUAAAGCGCGCGCCGAUCAACUCGGCGCUUCUGAAGCUGCUGUUGCCAGUUGCAGUUUGCCAUGCCAUUGGUCAUGUAACAAGCACUGUGUCCUUUGCUGCUGUAGCUGUUUCAUUUGCCCACACCAUUAAAGCUCUGGAGCCAUUCUUCAAUGCAGCUGCUUCACAGUUUAUCCUUGGGGAUCCAGUUCCGUUGACGUUGUGGUUGUCUCUUGCUCCAGUUGUAUUAGGUGUAUCAAUCGCAUCUCUCACGGAACUCUCAUUCAACUGGACUGGGUUCAUUAAUGCCAUGAUUUCCAAUAUCUCCUUCACGUACCGUAGCAUUUACUCCAAGAAAGCUAUGACUGACAUGGAUAGCACCAAUCUAUAUGCCUACAUCUCAAUAAUUGCUCUCAUUGUCUGCAUUCCUCCAGCACUGAUUAUUGAAGGACCUCAACUAGUGCAGCAUGGAUUCAAAGAUGCAAUCGCCAAAGUUGGAUUGACAAAGUUGGUUUCUAACCUCUUCUUGGCGGGCUUGUUCUAUCACCUUUAUAACCAGGUUGCAACAAACACAUUGCAGCGGGUGGCCCCUCUGACACAUGCUGUUGGCAAUGUGUUGAAACGUGUCUUCGUCAUUGGCUUCUCAAUCGUUAUUUUCGGCAACAAGAUCACCACACAAACUGGAAUCGGCACCUGCAUUGCUAUUACUGGUGUUGCCCUCUACUCAGUUAUCAAGGCUAAGAUUGAGGAGGAGAAAAAGCAAACAAAGAGUGCAUAAGGAGUUGAGUGCUGUGAGUUUGGCUGGAUGGCUAUUUUGAUCAAUCUGCGUUGCCUCUGAAGGAAAGAAACUGGAAAGUUGGAUAACAAUCUAGGUGUCUUCUGUAUCCCUGUCUAUUUUGCCGAUUCAGCAUUGAACAGCACAAGCUUCAGAUGGUUAACUAAAUUAGUCCAGACAAUUUUGGGGAAAACUCAAUUUGCAGAGUACAAGGACUUUUAGGCGAGGAUAUAUUCAUUUUGAUAACUGCUCCUAAACUAAGAUACCGAGUCUUGUAUUUCAAUAUUUUUUUAGAGUGAGUGCAUCACCUUGAAAAUCAUGCACCAGCUGUCCAGCUGUC